AACACAAUGCAGCUUGGCUCAGACGAACGAACGCCUGUAACGUGUAAACCUGUGCCAAUAUAGGGAACGGUAGCAGUGCAAAUGGGACCCGAACGGACAUUCCGAUUGGUUAAUGAUUACCAUAGCUCAACUGUUAUCAGUUCUCCGCUGCCGCCACCGCAUUGGUUCGAUUCAGUUUGAAAUUGGUAUUGAUUUGAAUUCCGCAGUCUGUAUUAGACCCACCAAACGUUCGGAUCGUGAUUCAUGGUUGUGAAGCCCUAUGAUUCAAGUGCGAUAAAUGAUGUCAUAGGUGAUAGUGGCAAACGAGUGCGAUAACUAUGGAUGUGAUGAAUAGGAGUGAAGCCUAUAUGUUUCAAAGCCUCACGUCGACUGACAAUGAAUCGGGCAGCGGAAGGAUGAAAACAGAGUCAGUCUGUAGCGAAUCAGAAGCCGAAACGACGAUUAAUGAUCCCAAGAAAGUGAAACGGAGAGUGCGUAACAAUGUUCGCAGUACACGCGUCAACUCUGCGUACACACCUCAUAAUCGUCUGUCCAGGUACAAAACCGCAUUGAGCAGCAUAAUUCCGUUCCGUGCGAGCAAUACCGGGGAAACCGACCUACCGGUGGACAAUGUGGGCUGUUUGUCCAACAGUUCGUUCACCUGGAUACGUAAAUUCAUCAUCUCUCCAGCGCAACAGCGAGCCUACCAGAGUAUACCGACGAACGCUCGCAACACCAAACAGGAUGAUGUUUUCCUCCUGCCGAAGCGCCCUUACAGCGAUAGUUGCGAAGUGAACUGUCGACGACUGCUCGGCAUCUACAAAUACGAGGAAGCGAUGAAUGGCCGUAAGAAGGUCUCGAUGUUUAAAGUUAUCUGGAGAUUCACGAGAACUCGCGUACUGAUAGCUUCACUGUUUCACUGUUUGGCAAUCUUCCUGUUAUUUCUGGGUGUAGUUCUGUUCUCUAACAUGACCAUCGAAUCGAUGCAAUCGAUCGUGUCCAGCAGCUGCCAAAAUUGUACUGCCAUAUCGAACUGCUCCAACGUACCUCCGAUGAUUCUUGGAAUUCAGUUUGAAAGUAAUCAACAAGUAUGUACCAGUCCAGCUAAACUAGUACCGAAGGAAGGGAUAAGCUAUCGAAUAUUACUAUCUCUGGGAGUGUUUCUCUGCUUUUUUGGGGCAAUGAUCUUUAACAGCGUGAAGAACUGGCUUAAUCUACGAACGGCAGUACGCUUGCGAACCGCUGUCCUGUCAUCCAUCUACAAACGUGCCAUGAAAAGCAACAUCGUCAAUCACGUUUCCGCCCACCAAAUUAUGACAAUGGCCAACGAAGAAAGUGAUAUUCUCUUUCAAAUCGUCGAAUCCGGUGUUCAAUUGAUCGGCAUUUUUGUAGGCUUAAUUCUCACAUUCAUAGCCGGAUUUAUACUGCUGCCUUUAUCCGGUAUACUGCCUUUGCUUGGAGUGUUGCCACUACUACUGCUGCUGAUAAUCACAGGGAGCAUAUCGAAGACCUAUUAUAGGAAGUUUCUUGCUUUCGGAGCUCGGAAAUGUUCCGUCGUUGAGGAGAUCUGUUUGAAUUUCAAAAACAUCAAAUCCCUUCAGCUGGAUCAUAUUUUUGAGGACCGCUUCGUCGAGUGCCUAAACAGUCAGUAUCGAGCGUUGCAGUGGUGUAGUGUAUACUCGACGAAAUUUUCCGGGGGCGUAACUUCCGCCAUUCUCGUUGGUGGACUUUAUCUAAUAUGGUGCGAUACCAAUAUUAAAACGGAGAGUACCGAGGUCUUGAUUCUAUUGUUGAUAUUCGCCUUCCACGUGCAAAAUCUUAUGCUGGAUUUGUGCAAUUGCAUUUACUACGUUUUGCAAGGGAAGGCAGCACUCGACAAAUUGAAGCAGUCUUAUCAGCUGUCCAGCCCUGAUAAUGUGCGACUCAAACCAAACCGGGAGAAUCUUGUCAUCCAGGUGAACGACGUCGAAGUUGAGUGGCCGUCGGGGAAGAGCGACGGCAUCCAACGAUUCAAGCUGAGCCUGGAUAGUUUCGAAAUUGUGUCCGGUCAGAUCAUCGGAGUGACGGGAGAUUCUGGAGGUGGAAAAUCGACUCUACUGCACACGAUUCUGCGAAACACAGAAGUUCGGAGGGGAAAAGUGCUCCAAAGAGGCAAGCUGGCAUAUUUUCCUUCCGAGCCUGUUCUCAUGAACACCAGUUUAAAGGAAAAUGUGCUGUUCGGCGAGCCAAUGGAUCCUCAGCGCUAUUACUUGGCCACCCACGCCAUGAAGCUGAACGAAGACAUCCUGCAGGCUGCUGGGGCAGAUGAUAUUCCCAUUAGCUAUCUCGAGCUGACCGUUCAACAGUUGGAACGAAUCGUACUGGCUCGUGCCGUGUACUGCCAUCGCCAUAUAAUGCUACUGGAUGAGCCGUUCAAUCGCUUCACAAACCGCCAAGAAGCGAAAGAACUUUUCGGUAACAUGUUGAAUAUAUUUCGACAGGAAAACAAGACUGCUAUCAUUGUGACGCAGUUUAACGAGCUUCUGCAAAACUGUGAUCGUGUGUUCCGCAUCGAGGAUGGUGCUAUCUAUCGCGAGGGAAGCUAUGCUGAAAUCCUGAACAUGCCAUCGCACGUUGAAAUGACCCGAAGAAAUAACAUUACCGUAUUAUGCCAAGGCGAGGGACGGCGAUUGGGUUCUGGAAGUGACCCAGCGGCACUGCACAUUGCUAAAAAUACUUUUCGUAAGAGUAACCGUCUAUCCGCGGUGCCCAGCGGUGGAUCGCUGGAAACUGAUUCCAUUCAGUUCGAUCAAUCCAGACACAAAUCCGUGAUCGUACACGUUCGCAACUACACUGUUUGUGAUUACAUUUCACUAACCAUACUGCACCUGAUCAACAAUCUGCUCUACUUCGGUCCGAUCUUCACCCUCAUAGUGAUUGUUGAGCAAGGUGAUAUCAACCCAUGGCUUAGCACGAUCUGUCUGGGAGUGAUCGUGUGCACUUUUGUCAUCGACAACAUAUCGAAGAUUUAUGUAGCACAGGUCACAGCAAACCGGAACAAGUCCUAUCAACAAUCGCUGAUCAAAGAGUUACUGGGAUGCUCCUUGGCUUAUUUGCAAUCCAUAAGCAUUUCGGAUGUAAUCGAUUUAUUCGCCGAUACUAUAUCGAACGGGUUCAUGCAUAUCGAUAGUAGCAUUCAUCAGGUGCUCGUGGUCGCACUCUCCGCCACGUUACUGCUAAUCGCCAAUUUUUGGACUGUCUUCAUCGCUUCAGUUUUGGUACCAAUCACCAUUGCUUUAAUCUACUAUCUGAAAUACAGUCUACAGCAUCUCUACAACCACGAGCAUUUAUCCAGGCGAAGAAUGUUCUCGAUUCUGACCAACCACUUGGUAGGGCGAGCUGUCACGCAGUCGUUCGAUUACGUGUCGAAUUUUGUACAGGAAUUCUACGAUAACGUAGAAGAAAACAGCACGGCAAUCUUCAUGUACAAAUCCAUACAAUUUUUCGUCGAAUUUUGGGUGAACUUCAGUGCCUUCUUCGUAGGGAUGCUGACCUUGUUGCUAAUUCUACUGCUCACGCCCCAGUCGGAAAUGUCGAUUCACCGCUACACACUGGCCAUGUUUGCCUACCUCUCUCUGGUACAUGGUCUACAGAAAUUCGUAGAAAGUAUCCUUUCGUCUAUAAUCGCCGGAAAGAAGAUCGACGUUCUCAGAAACAACAUCAUGGACCUAAAAAGUGUGGAAGAAGCACAGUACCCAUCGGCACUUACUAACUCUGAUAUCGGAGUAUCCGUAGUCUUCCGGGAUGUCAUUUAUCGGGUGGCCAACCGGAAGCUGCUGAAAAUUCCCAAACUACGCGUGCAAGCUGCCGAAACGGUCGCCUUGACCGGUAACGGGAGCCAACUGAUAGUUCCCCUAUUGUGCCGGAUUAUUUCACCCAACCAAGGCACGGUUAGCUUAAAUCAAAUCGAUAUAGCACGACUGAAUAUCGACCAGUUGCGACAGCAGAUCGGCAUAAUUCCCGCUGAUCCAAUAGCGAGUGAUGUCUCGGUUGGAACGUUUCUGAGCCCAGAUGGUAAGCUGCGAUCGGAACUGGUGAACGAUGUCCUGAAGGAAGUUAAACUGUUCGAAGCCGUUUCGAAGUUGCCGAAUAAGAUGGACGAUAGUUUCUGCAAACUUUCCCUAAAAGAUCGACAGCUGCUCUGUCUAGCACGAUGCUACUUAAAAAGACCAUCGCUUUUGGUGGUGGAGCAAAUUCAUCCGGAAAUAAGUGAAAUAGUCAACAUGGCCAUUCGGACAAAGUUUGCCGAACAAACGGUUAUCAUCAUUUGCACCCACGAGAUUCAGUACGAGAGCGUGUGCGAACGAUUGAUUAAUUUGGAUAGCUUAUAAAACUUGGAUGUUCCUAUUACACUAGUUC